CAGACCGGCGCUCUCCGCCGGGCACGCCCUGGAAGGACAGAACGCCGCCUGCUUUCGUCACGCGUAGGCGGGGCGGCCAGGCACACCCCGUCCCGAGCCCGAGGGGGGGGUCACGUGACGGGCGCCCGUGUCAGCUGAUACCGGGCCGUGCGGCGGCGGCGAUGGACUUUCUCCUGGGCAACCCCUUCAGCUCCCCUGUGGGGCAGCGCAUCGAGAAAGCUACCGAUGGAUCCCUGCAGAGUGAGAACUGGGCUCUCAACAUGGAGAUUUGUGACAUCAUUAACGAGACGGAGGAAGGGCCCAAAGAUGCUUUCCGAGCCAUAAAGAAGAGGAUUGUAGGGAAUAAGAACUUCCAUGAGGUCAUGCUGGCUUUAACGGUUCUAGAGACGUGCGUCAAAAACUGCGGCCACCGCUUCCAUGUUCUAGUGGCCAGCCAAGAUUUCGUGGAAGGUGUCUUGGUGAGAACCAUCCUCCCCAAGAACAACCCGCCCACCAUAGUGCACGACAAGGUGCUGAACCUCAUACAGUCCUGGGCAGAUGCAUUCCGCAGCUCACCAGACCUGACGGGCGUCGUAGCUGUGUAUGAAGAUCUGAGGAGGAAAGGCCUGGAGUUCCCCAUGACUGACCUGGACAUGCUGUCACCCAUCCACACACCACAGAGGACUGUGUAUAGCUCUGACUCUCCGUCCGAACAGACCUCACCUACUGGUGACUGCCCUCAGAGACUAGACUCCAUCCUGCACCCUGUCUCCUUGCCAGGGGGGCCAGAAGCCUCCAGCGAUGCCCCCAUUACUCCCACACCAGAGCAGGUUGGGAAGCUGCGCAGCGAGCUGGAAGUGGUGAAUGGGAACGUGAAGGUGAUGUCCGAGAUGCUGGCGGAGCUGGUGCCGGGACAGGCUGAGCUCUCUGAUCUGGAACUACUUCAGGAACUGAACCGGACGUGUAAAGCGAUGCAGCAGCGCGUGCUGGAGCUGAUCCCUCGUAUCCUCCAUGAACAGCUAACGGAGGAGCUGCUUCUUGUCAACGACAACCUCAACAACGUGUUCCUGCGCUAUGAACGAUUCGAGCGGCUCCGGGCAGGCCAGCCCACUAAGGUCCCAAAUGAGGUGGAAAACAGUUCAGCCCACACAAGGCCCAGUGCGCCUCUUCCAGUGAAACAGCCUGAAGCUGCCAACAGCCUCUCCUCUCAACUGGCUGGAAUAAAUCUGGGCUCCGGCAGCGUCAGUGCAGGGCUACAGGCCCUAGACAGCUCUGGCAGACUGGAAGAAGACUUCGACAUGUUUGCAUUGACCCGGGGCAGCUCGCUGGCUGAGCAGCGCAAAGAGGUAAAGUACGAAGACCCCCAUGCAAACAAAGGGCUGGCGGAAGCCCUAGAUGCCCGGCAGCAGAGCACAGGAGCGAUCCCGGUCCCCCAGCCCAGCUUCAUGGAGGACAUUGAGCAGUGGCUCUCCACUGAUGUGGGGGAAGAGACAGAAGAUGGGAAGGGCGUCACCAGCGAAGAGUUCGACAAGUUCCUGGAAGAACGAGCAAAGGUGGCAGACCAGCUGCCCACGCUCCCCAGCCCCCACGCGGGGGCACCUGCUGCCUCCGGCCCACACCGAAAGCAGGAGAAGGAAGAGGACACUAUGUUUGCCUUAUGAACCCUAUGGACUGGUGUGCUGCGGAGCAAGAGGACCCGUGUUGUGGUGCUCCAUUCCUGCCAACGGCUGGGAGAGGAAGGGCCCAGCAUCCCUCUGCUCUCCUCUCACUCCUCCCCCCCCCUUAUCGAUUUUAGGCUGCUUUGGGGUUAAGUUAGUCAUUGCUGUGUUUGGGAACAUCACGGAGCAGGCCUGAAGGUGCUGGUGAAGCUGCUGGAAAUGUUGCUGGAUGUGCCUGGGGGCCCAAGGGUUAUCUCUUUUGUGAUGGAGGCAAGCAAAGGGCUUUCCCCAGCCUUCUUUCCAGUAAAAUCACUGUAACCCCUCCUGAGAACUGGGCGCCAGCAGCUGUCUGCAUCUGGGGUCUUUCCUAUGCGGCUGCUCCCUUUGAUGGGCCAAGUCUCCCUCUGCUAGCUGGGGUGCCGGGUACCAGGCUGUUCUCUAAAGUAGAUCCCCACCCUGCUGCUCUCGGGGCUGAUCUUUGCCCAUCCCCUGCUGAAAUGGGACAUGCAGGGAUGGGGCCAUUGUGGUGAGGGGGUGUGACUUUUCUGGGGAGAGCACUGACAGCAGAGAGGCCUCUAGAAUUUGUUUCCCUGUCACAAAAGCACAAAUAUGCAACACUCCCUCUUGUGCCCCCAGAACCUCACCCAGGGGCCAUGUGAUUUUGUUGCACAUAGUCCAGGUACCAAAUCUCAUGGCUGGAUAUGAGGUUGGGGCUGCAAAUGGUACCAAAUCCGAGAAUGGAGGGGUGUAAUCUAUCCUUGGAAAGGGGGGAGCAAAGGGCCAGAUGUGCCUUCGGCAAACGCUCUGAAGUAAACUGCUUUGAUUCCUGGAUCUCCUUUAAUCCCCCCAGCCACCUCCCAAUUAAAUUCCCCCCGUGAUGUCCAGCUAAACCUCCCCUUGUCCUCACUGUGGAAUGGGGGAGUGAGAGGAGAGUGCCCCUUGAGAGAAAGAGGAGAACACUUAAGCAAACAGUGCAAGCUGCGCUGGGCAGACAUGGUGGGUCAGGAGCGUCUGGGGCUAAUGCUGAUUAUUCCGUGUAACCUGGGAGACUUGCCUUUUGUAUCACACAUUAAACAAGCAACAUCUUGA